GCUGGACUUGGGAGUAUUCCCAAGACUUUUUUAAGGUACCAACCAACAUUACCAACCUCUAACCUUGGGCACAAUCCCGAUACUACGGGAGAUCAAUAGCACAACAUGGACUCCGAGACCCCAGGACCGACGAUAAAGGCCGAGAUAAUCAAGGCUGAGACGGUUGAGGCUGAGAAGAUCAAAAUGGAGGGCAUUGAGACAGACCAAACAUCGGCAUUGACAGCCAGUCAAGGUCAAUCAAAUCCUGAUCAACAAUCGACCGAAGCAGCGUGGCGAAACUGUGGUCAUCUUAAAAACCUCCAGCAAAUUGAAACUAAGGAAAAGGCAGUCAAAGACGCUUUGACUUACAUUGAAGAUUUGGAGUCCUUGUUAGGAGUCUCAAAUGAUAUGGCCAGCGCUAGCAAAUGGCUUGCAAGAAUUAGUAUGGACCCUGACUUACAUUUUCUCUCCCGAAAGAGGGGUUUAGGUGGCAUUACUAACUCUAUCUAGAGGAAAUACGCGAGCGCUGCAAAAAGAAUAAAAUCCUCAUUGGUCUGCUGGGCGUAAGUCAACCUCUAACUACCGAAGGUGUUGUACUCUAGGCUUGUUGAGAUUUUCACACAUCUAUCUUUACCUUAGUUUUUCCAUUAGUUGACAAGGCUUCAAACUAACCUUUCCUUGUUUGGCAGGUUUCUGGUUCAGGAAAGUCCAGUCUUAUCAACGCUUUACUCGGCGAGGAAGACUUGAUGCCAGGAGACGACGAGCGAGCCUGUACUGCUGUAGUUUCUGAGGUUUCAUACCAAACAAAUGAAGACAUAGAAGUUGCAUACGAGGCAAGAAUCCAGAGAAUCAGCCAAGAUGACUGGAAGGCAGAAUUGACUAGCUUGUUUCAAGAUUUAAGAACCAACGCUAACAUCAGAGACGGCGAAGAUGGCGAAGAAGAUUUAGAACGAAACCAGCGAAUUCAAAUGGCGUUUGGCAAGGUCCAAUCAGUAUAUCCGUUUAUCGAGUCAUCAAAAAAGUUGGAAAAAGACUGGGACGUUGCAAAACUGAUGAACCAUUCUAGUGUCAAGUAUAUCCUUGGGAAAUCUCUCGUUCUAACAUCCGCCAAGCGAGAAAAGUUUUCGAAAAUGAUCAAACCGUAUAUUUCUAGCGUUCUGUCCAAGGGAGAUGACGGGGCGAUGUAUGCACAAUGGCCCUUGGUGAAAUUGGUUAAGGUUUAUGUCAGAUCACCUCUGCUACAGGAUGGCAUCGUAUUGGUUGACUUGCCUGGAUCGAUGGUAUGUGAAUACCCCAUUUGUUGUUUGCUCAUCAACUACUAUCAUAACACUUUAAAUAUCCCUUCCUUGAAAGACGUACAGUGCUAAUGUUUUAUAAGGAUACUAAUGCUGCUAGGGGAGCCAUCGCCGCAGAAUAUCAAAAAAACCUAACAAUAAACUGCAUCGUUGCACCAAUCCAGAGAGCUGCGACAGACAAGCCCGCGCAAGAACUACUUGGCUCCGUCACCCAGAGAACGUUACAGCUUGAUAAUAAGUUGCCAACCGAAUCUGUGUGUUUCAUUGUCACCAAAAUUGAUUCUUCUCUCAAAGUUGAUCGUUAUAUCAGAGAGCAUCCAAAGGUACAAGAGAUGCUGACGGAUGAGUUCGAGAAAGAGCUCCGGAUUUCUGAAGAUAUUGAAUCAAUAAAGGUUUGGUGUGAAGAAAGAAAAAAGCGACAAGCCGAAGACAACCUUCUUAUGAGCCAGCUUAAGAAGGAAUCCAAGCAGCUUGCCAAAAUCUGCAAGAAGCCAAAGAAGGCGGGCCGAUCUAAAAAGCGCAAGGCAGGUGAUGAUGGCUCUGGUAAGUGUUUUUGAGUGAUCUUACAUGUAUUCCACCAUACCAUUUCUCGAGGCUUACUAACCUUCGACUUCCAGAAUCUAAUCUUCCCCCUGAAACAGAAGAGCAAAGGGCCAACCGGCUCAAAUUCAUCGAAAUCCAAAAAAGUAUCGCCGCCACGAAAAAGCGAAUUGGAGAUGCGGGCACUAAACUCUACAAGGCACACGAGAGAAUGCAACUUGCCCAAGCAGCCCUCGAGAGAUCGCAAAGUCGACAGAGAUUCGCAUACAUAAAAAACCGCAAUGAAGUCGUAAUAACGGCCUUGAGAGCAGAUUUCGAAAUCGCGACGAUGGCACUCCCACAAGAAAAAAAGAAACCUUUACCUGUGUUCUGUGUAUCUUCACUGGCUUUCUUUGAAAGCGUCAACAACUCUCAUCAACCAUUCUUCGGAUUCCCAAAAAUGAGCCACACGAAUAUUCCAAAUCUCAGAACAUGGGUUAUUGAGACAACUCUACCCUCUCGCGACCAUUCAGCGAUGGCUUUUCUCGAGGACGUUGAGGGCCUUCAAGUAGCUAUGAAAUUGUGGUUUUCGGGUGCCACUCCAAAAUAUUUGAUGACUUCUGAGAAGAGAAGUGCUGUCGAGACCCUCUUCAAUCUAAAUUUCGAUCAACUGGAGAAGGUAAGGGCCAUGCCAUUCUUUGAAUAAUGCUUGGUCUACCCAAGUUAAUUGGUCAAAGCUAAUAAUUACUUGUAGCGGCUCGCGAAGUUGGAAGAACGCUUGAUAGAGUCAUGCCAAAGAAUUGUUAAAAACGGAUUGAUAAGCAAGCUGUCAAAGUUCCAAGCCGAGGCGACCGAAGAGUCGCAGAAAGUGGUCAGAAACUGGCCACAGAAGCCUAUGCAUUGGGGCAUACAUAGGGCCAUAAAUCGCGCAAAAGGGGUUCAUGUAACACGCAAGGAUAUCAAGUAUGAUUGGGUUGAAGAACUGGUCGCUUGUUAUCUUGUGCCACUACAACAAGAAUACACGAAUACCCUGCAUGAUAACGUACCAAAAGAACGUACGAUAUUCGAUGAUGCAGUUUCCAAAGUGGUAAACGAAUUUCUUGGAAACUUAACCAAUUCAUUGACUACGAUUUGCCCCCAAUUGAGUCAGCAGGUAGAGCAGUGGAGGGAUACAGCAAUGCGCGUUCCAGGUCAAAUUCACGAGGUUUCGAGAGAGAUAUUUCACGGCCCCAUAGCCGAGGCAGGUAUGGAGGGCCACGGCAAAGUCCAACCUAAAGUAGCAGAAACUUGGGAACCAAUAUUCGUCAUAUGUGGAAAUGAGAGUGGUACGUCCGGCAAAUUCCGUCUAUAUUGCACAUCUGGAUCGUGAUUAACGUUGUUUUAUAGGUCGGGGCCACUAUAAACGUAACCAAAACAUGCACAAUGAGCAUAUCAAAGCAAACGCCCAUAAAAUGUACCAGAAGGCUUCCAGAGCCGUUUCCUACGUCUUCAUUCAGCUGUGGAAAGCGCUCCCUGAGCAUUUCAGCAAAGGUGUCGACCCAAUCCUCGCGGCUAUCCGAGAGGAGUUUCUUGACAUGGUUGUGAAGAACACUGACCAAAGCGGACUUGGCCAAAUCGAGCGUAUGAAAGUUGAGUCCAGAUUGGAGCUCACCGGAGACGUCCUUGAUAUAUUCCAAGGGUUGAAGGCAGCCUGGGCUCAAGGCAUCAUUAUCAUGAAAGAAGAGGACGAAGAGGAUGUGAAGCCUAAUGAGAUCCACCUCGGCAAUCUCGACGAAAUCUCGGGAGAUAACGAUGAAGAUUCUUAUGACGAAGAUAGUGACGACUAUGAAAGCGAGGGCUGAUCUGCCUUGCAUCAACGACAACUUUCCUCGAUUCAUAUGAAGCCAACACUUUGACAGGUCUUUCCCAUAAUUACCAUAUUGCAAAAUUCAGCAAACACCUCAGCAAAACCUUUGCGCACCGGAGCUUUAACCCUUUUCCCAUAGUUCGCUAUUUCCCCCAAAUACAGACCUCUUUAGCAAAUUUUCUUUUAUUCUGCAUUUAUUACGAUGAUACCCGGACACAUGGAGUGAAGAGCGCUUGAUCUUUUCAAGAUGUACGCACAUUGCAGCCUCUUCAGAUAGCAACCAAUUGAAC